CUAUUGCCAGGCGACUUCAUCUUUGUCAGUGAACAAAAUGGCGCCGUAUUAUGUCCUAGUCAGUCGGUUACAGCAACUGUUAAGUAAAGGAGUUCGAAGGUACCAUGUAUCCACCCUCUUAUGCCAGCGGUCCAAAGUGGCCAUGAGCCAGUUUGAGCCCAAUGAAUACAUACAGUAUGAACAGCUUGAAAAAAACAUCAACAUUGUUCGGAAAAGACUGGACCAUCCCCUUACAUUGUCAGAAAAGAUUGUAUAUGGCCAUUUAGAUGACCCUGUCAAUCAGGAUAUUAAGAGGGGCAAGACAUAUCUGCGUCUGCGACCGGAUCGUGUAGCUAUGCAGGAUGCCACCGCCCAGAUGGCCAUGCUGCAGUUCAUCAGUAGUGGGUUGCCUAAGGUGGCAGUUCCCUCAACUAUCCAUUGUGAUCACCUUAUUGAAGCUCAACUAGGCGGUGAAAAAGAUCUCCGAAGAGCAAAGGAUAUUAAUCAAGAAGUAUACAACUUCCUAGCCACAUCAGGUGCCAAAUAUGGAGUGGGUUUCUGGAAACCAGGAUCAGGAAUUAUUCAUCAGAUUAUUCUGGAGAACUACGCCUAUCCUGGUGUUAUGCUUAUUGGCACUGAUUCCCAUACCCCCAAUGGUGGUGGAUUGGGUGGAAUCUGCAUUGGAGUUGGUGGUGCUGAUGCAGUGGAUGUCAUGGCAGGAAUUCCCUGGGAGCUUAAAUGUCCAAAGGUGAUUGGAGUAAAAUUAACUGGUACUCUAUCAGGCUGGAGUUCUGCAAAAGAUGUAAUCCUUAAAGUGGCUGGUAUACUUACUGUGAAAGGUGGUACAGGAGCCAUCAUAGAAUAUCAUGGGCCUGGUGUGGAUUCCAUCUCUUGUACAGGAAUGGCGACUAUCUGUAAUAUGGGAGCAGAGAUUGGUGCAACUACUUCAGUCUUCCCUUACAAUCACCGUAUGAAGAAAUAUUUAUCCAAGACUGGACGUGCUGAAAUUGCUAAUGUGGCAGAUGAAUUCCAAGAGCAUUUGAAACCUGAUCCUGGCUGUUCCUAUGAUCAGCUAAUUGAAAUUAAUCUCAGUGAGCUGAAACCCCUUAUCAACGGACCUUUUACACCAGAUCUGGCACACACAAUAGAAGAGAUUGGCUCUGUGGCAGAAAAAAAGGGGUGGCCAGUGGAUAUUCGAGUUGGUCUGAUUGGCAGCUGCACUAAUUCAAGCUAUGAGGAUAUGGGGCGCUCUGCAGCAGUGGCAAAACAAGCACUAAAUCAUGGUGUUAAGUGCAAGUCUCAGUUCACUAUUACACCUGGUUCAGAGCAGAUACGGGCCACAAUUGAAAGAGAUGGAUAUUCAAAAGUCUUGCGUGAUGUUGGUGGAAUAGUUCUUGCUAAUGCAUGCGGGCCAUGCAUAGGCCAAUGGGACAGAAAAGAUACCAAAAAAGGUGAAAGGAAUACAAUUGUUACAUCCUAUAAUAGAAAUUUCACUGGUCGUAAUGAUGCCAACCCUGAAACACAUGCAUUUGUAACGUCUCCAGAGAUAGUAACAGCCCUGGCACUUGCUGGCACUUUGAAGUUUAAUCCAGAGCUUGACUCCCUGACAGGAGCAGAUGGAAAGAAGUUUAAACUUGAGCCACCUGAUGCCGAUGAGUUGCCAAAACUGGAAUUUGAUCCAGGCCAGGAUACUUAUCAGUAUCCUCCAAAGGAUGGUAGCAGCCAACAUGUGGAUGUGAGCCCCACUAGCCAGCGUUUGCAACUACUUGAGCCCUUUGACAAGUGGGAUGGAAAGGACCUGGAAGACAUGCUGAUCCUCAUAAAGGUAAAAGGGAAAUGUACAACUGACCACAUUUCAGCAGCAGGCCCCUGGCUCAAAUUCCGUGGGCACCUGGACAACAUUUCAAACAAUCUAUUGAUUGGAGCUAUAAAUAUUGAAAAUGACAAGGCCAACUCAAUCAGAAAUGCAUUAACACAGGAGUUUGGACCUGUUCCUGACACAGCCCGUUACUACAAGACACAUAAUGUUAAAUGGGUUGUUGUUGGAGAUGAAAAUUACGGGGAAGGCUCAAGUCGAGAACAUGCAGCUUUGGAGCCACGACAUCUAGGAGGAAGGGCUAUUAUUGUCAAGAGCUUUGCCAGGAUUCAUGAAACUAAUUUGAAGAAGCAAGGACUCUUGCCACUAACAUUUGCUGAUCCAGCUGAUUAUGACAAGAUUCAUCCUGUGGACAAGCUAAGCAUUAUGGAUCUAAAAGAUUUUGCCCCCGGAAAGCCCCUGAAAUGCAUCAUCAAACAUCCUAAUGGGAGCCAGGAAACAAUAAUGCUGAACCACACCUUCAAUGAGCCUCAGAUUGAGUGGUUCAAAGCUGGUAGUGCACUCAACAGAAUGAAAGAGCUACAGAAGCACUGAAUCUACGCACAUUAUUCAUCCAGUGGACUUGAUGAGUAAUCUCCAUUAAAGUGCAAUUCCACAACAAUUCUUGAGAAUAAAUGUAUGUGAUCAAAUGU